CUUGUAUAAACUCCAACACAAGACAUAAGUAAAGACUAGCAAAAGCCAAUUAUUUCAUCUUGACGUUUAAAAUGGGUGGUUGCGCCUCUUUAGAUCAAAGCCAUGACCAAAAUGAUUUCUUAGAAAAACAAGUUGCUGUAGUGAUGGUGCCCUUUCCAGUACAAGGGCACCUCAAUCAACUUCUCCAUCUCUCUCGUCUUUUAUCGUCUUAUAAUUUACCAAUACAUUAUAUUGGCUUUGAAGAUCAUAUCAAGCAAGCAAAGCUUCGCGUCCAUGGUUGGGACCUAAAUGCAAGGUCCACCAUCUAUUUUCAAGAACUUCCAGUACCACCAUCACUAAAUAUUUCUUCUCAAAUAUCUCGCACAGAGCUUAUGACAUGUUUAUUUCACGCAACUUUACAGCUGCGUGAACCUGUUUUUACCUUUCUAAAAGAAGUGUCUGCUAAGUAUAGGAGGGUGGUAAUUAUUUACGACUCCCUAAUGACUUGUACUGUUCAAGAUGUAUGUUUAAUACCUAAUAUGGAAGCUUACUGUUUCCACAGUAGCUCAGCUUUUAAUACUUACUCGUUCAUUUGGGAUGCCAUCACAAAGCUUUUUCCGGCUUACGUGAAGACGAAUCAUCCUACGAUGGUAAGUGAAAGACUCUUGAAAUCAUUUAUGAAAGCUUUUGCCAAUCUAAAGGUCUCGAGUUUGAUGUUUUCAUCACCUAACAUUAGAAGGAAAAUGAAGAUUCUAAAAAACCUUCCAUCCAUUGAAAGUUCUUACCCGCCUGAAAUCUUGGAAGUUCUUAAGAAGCAACUUGAAUGUGGAAAGAUCAAAUGUGGAGAUAUUCAUGAUACAAGCAGAGUGAUAGAGGGUCCUUAUCUUGAUUUACUUACAAAGUUCAUGGGGAAUGAUAAGCAAUGGGCUCUUGGCCCUUUUAAUCCAAUGGUGAUUAUGGAGAAAAAGGGUCCAAUAAUUGUACGUCGACAUGAAUGUCUAGAGUGGCUGGACAAACAAGCUCCAAACUCAGUGAUACUCAUAUCGUUUGGAACAUCGGUUUCUUUAUCACACGACCAAAUCAAUGAGCUAGCCAUUGGUUUAGAGCGAAGCCAACAAAAAUUCAUAUGGUUAUUAAGGACUGCUGAUGAUCGCAAAGCAAACGCUUCGACAGAAGAAAAUAAUGUACUCGUAGAAGCUCAAUUGCCAGAAGGGUUUGAAAAAAGAAUAGAAGGAAGAGGAAUUAUAGUGAAAGAUUGGGCACCCCAAUUGGAAAUCUUGGCACACCAAUCAACUGGUGGGUUCAUGAGUCAUUGCGGAUGGAAUUCAUGUAUGGAGAGCAUUACUAUGGGAGUGCCAAUAGCAGCAUGGCCUAUGCAAGUUGACCAGCCAAGAAAUGCUGUGCUUAUAACAGAGGUGUUGAGAAUAGGCUUGAAUGUGAGGAAAUGGGAUAGUAAAGAUAACUUAGCUUCAUCAAUGACUAUUGAAAAUGUUGUGAAAAGAUUAAUGACUUCAUUAGAAGGAGAUGACAUGAGGAAGAACGCCAAAUUGUUGGGCAAUGCAAUCAAAGAGUCCAUGGUGGAUGGUGGUGCUACUAGGAAAGAGUUAGAUACCUUUAUUGCUCACAUCAGAAGAUAACUGUUCUGUUCAAUUAAUGAUGAUCGAUGUUAUGCUGGAAGUAGUAUUAACUUUUCUAUACCAUCUGGAAUUAGUUUUUUUUUUAGUAGUAACAUUUCUAACUUUGAAAAAUAUGCUAAA